AUGGAGGACAAUUCGCAUGUCGUGAUCUCUGCGACCUGGGCUCUGAGCUUCUGGGAACUCGAAGAGCCCAUACUAUCAUCCGAAGUACACGUGGAUGACUGUGAGAUGAUCUUCAACGACACAGUGACCCGUACCUCAGACGGCAAGUACCAGGUGCAAAUAUUAUUUCGACCAGAUGCUCCUGCUCUUGGAGAAUGUCAUCAUUCGGCACUCCGCCAGUUUCUACAACUCGAGUGGUGGUUGAUGAACGACCCAUGUCUUCGUGAGCAGUAUAUUGCAUUUAUGCGAGAAUACAUUGCUCUCGAUCAUAGGGAGGAUAGCAAGCAAGCUUUCACCAAGAAAGAAAAUAGUUACUUCAUACCUCAUCAUGCGGUAACCACAAAAUUUCGCGUCGUUUUCAAUGCUUCCGUGAAGACAUCGAAUGGGACAUCCUUAAACGAUACACAGUUUUCUGGACAACAUGCUAAUAUUGUCGACAUUCUUCACCGUUUUCGUAAAUGCAAGGUAGCCAUCACUGCAGACAUAUAG